GCACAAGUGGUCCGCUGAGGGCACAACUACAUAACAUGAGUUCCAUAGAUGGCGACUUCAACCAGAACUUCCAGGAUGCAAUUGAUGUUAUUCAACAGCAUUCAAAUAAUUCUUACUAUGAUUCCGAGUAUUCCUAUCAUGAGACGCUGACCACAGUCCAACAGCCUUGGUACCUGGUCCCUCAUCCCUCUGAUGCAGCAGUCUCCACUAAUGACUGGAGUGACACAGCUCAGCAGCCAUGGACCCCAGCUCUUCCAGAUGUACCAUUGAGCCAAUCUCUACCCCCAGAACCGCCCCAUUUCUACACAAUCCCACCACCACAGAGCAACAAAGGGCGGAAGAAGCUCAGAUUGUAUGAAUACCUCCACCAAGCUCUAAACGAUCCAAAUAUGUGUGACUCCAUCCAGUGGACAGACAGCGGCAGUGGCACUUUUCACUUCAUCUCAAAGAAUAAGGAGAAACUGGCAGAGUGCUGGGGUCAGCGCAAAGGCAACCGCAAAACCAUGACAUAUCAAAAGAUGGCUCGAGCCCUCAGAAACUAUAGCCGCACUGGUGAGAUCAUCAAGGUGCGUCGCAAACUCACAUACCAGUUUAAUCCGGACAUCCUGCACCGUCUGGGCUCCUCACAGGUGAAUGUGGCCCUGCCCCGUCAGCCUGCACAAGAGGAACACUGCCCACAGCAGCAGACCCAUGGUGACCAGGCCUACGGCAGCUUCACAUCAGGCGAAAGCCACAACUGGUACGGACACUAUCUGAUGUCUGAAGACUACGACCUGUGUCAAAGCUACACCUCACACAUCAAGUCUUGAACAAAACAUAAGUUAGAUUAGUGAUCUAUAAAGCCUAUCAAGUAGAGUUGAGGCAUACAUUUUCAAUAAUGAUCUCAUUGUCCACAAUAUAAAAUAUUCCGGUUACAACACAUCAUAAAAAAGAGUAAACCGUGUUAUCUCACAAUAUGAUACAAAUAUUCUGCAUUCUUGCAGCAGGGAUUGUGUCUACUCACAAAUGGAUAUUGUGAUAUUUCAAUAUUCCAUGUUCCUUUGCACAUGUAUCGUUUUCUGGCACUCUACCAAAGAGGAAGAUCACAUGUUAAUAAACACACAUUUUGCUUUUUAAAGAAGAGCAAACUGUUAGUAUCCACACAAUAUUGCAGUGAUAAUCAUACUGUGAAGUCAGAUGAAUAUGAUAAACAUCCAACCAUGGCACGAGGAAAUCCUCACCAUCUGAAGGUGACUUCUUUGGUAACCAAAUUCUUAAAUGUAUAUUUUGUAUAAUAUAAUGCUAUUUUCUUAAAAGAAAUACUGCUUAAUUUAUCGA